AUGUUGUUCCUGGGCUAUACAGCUCUGCUGUUAUGUUGGAUGUAUUGUGCUGCAGAAAGAGCUUGUACAGAACCUCCUCCUAGGAGGGUUAAAGAACUCCCUACUGAAAUAUGGGACAAACCUCCCUACCCACACGGGACUCAAGUAACAUACAGAUGUCGGCCGGGAUAUAUAAAAGUUGGACGAAUUGUGUUUGAGUGUGCUGAUGGAAGAUGGAAGCAACGCCUCCCAGGGGCAGAAUGCAAAAAUAAGCCCUGUGGACAUCCUGGAGAUAUUGAGUUUGGUUCCUUUGAACUUACCAGUGGAAGUGAAUUCGUAUUUGGUGCCAGAGUUGAAUACAGAUGCGAUGAUGGGUACUGGAUGCUCAGCCAAAAGAAUUACCGUGAGUGUCAGGCUGAUGGAUGGAGCAAUGACAUCCCUCACUGUGAAGUUGCAAAGUGUUUACCUGUCGAAGCACCAGCAAAUGGAAGAAUAAUUACAACUGGUACCUUUGAGCUAGACAGAGAAUACUCUUUUGGCCAAGUUGUAAAUUUUGAAUGCAAUGCAGAAUACAAGCUUGUUGGAGAUAAAGAAUUAAUUUGCUCUUCUAAUGGACAAUGGAGUAGUGAUGUGCCUCAGUGCCAAGAGAUUUUCUGUGGUGUGCCAGAAAUCAUGCAUGGAUAUGUACGUUCUCCAAGGAGAACUUACAAGGAAUCUGAAAAGCUGCAGUUUGCCUGUGAUGAAGGAUAUACAUACGGUGAAAGAGCAGAUGUACGAUGCACUGAAGCAGGAUGGAGUCCAACCCCAUAUUGCACUGAAAUUACAUGCUCUCCUCCAAAAGUUUCCAAGGGGACCUUUACACCUCAAGAAGACAACUACAAAGCAGGUGCCAUAAUCACAAUACAGUGUGAGCCUGGCUAUAAAUUUAAAGCACUGACUGGCAAAACCACAUCUGAAUGCACCAAAAAUGGCUGGGUGCCUGAUCCGAGUUGUGUCCAGAAAAAUUGUGACUACCCAGCUAUAAAAAAUGGCAAGUUAAGCCGCUCACUGGAGUACUACAGACAUUUUUACUUUCCAAUGAUGUCUGGGCAAUACAUUGAUUACUACUGCUUGAAUGGUUAUUCAACCCCAACGGGAGAGUCCUGGGUUCGAGUGGCCUGUUCUGGAGGGGACUGGUCUCCAGAGCCAAAAUGCCUUAAACAAUGUUACAUCAGACAUCUGGAAAACGGUUAUUUCUUACCUAGGCAGAAGAAUACUUACAAGGAAGGUGAAAGAGUUAAAUAUACCUGCAACACUGACUAUGACACUGAACAUGACAAUGGGGAAGUCACAUGCACAAAGGAUGACUGGUCACCUCCACCAAAAUGCAUCCGUAAAAAAAUGUGCCAGAAUACAAAUUUUGACAAUGGUUAUUUCACCUCCAGAAAGCGAACAUUUGGCUUACAGGAGAUGGCCACCUAUAGCUGUCAUUCUGGCUUUGUAACUCCAAAAGGAGAAGAAAGAGGAGUGAUACAGUGUCAGGAGAAGGGUUGGACUCCACUUCCAAAGUGCAUCAAAUCGUGUAAUGCACCUUAUUUGGGCAUUUUGAAUUACCCUGCAAAUAAAACUGUGUUCAUCCCUGAAGAUACAAUUGAGUAUGCAUGUUUGGAGGGAUAUCAAACUGCAAACAAAACCCCAACUGGUACCACAAGGUGUGGCAUAAAUGGUGAAUGGAGUCCAAUGCCUCAGUGUCUGGCAAUAGAAUGUGAAAUGCUGUCAUUGCCCAAUGGAGAUUUUUCUCCCAAGAUGGGUGUAUACCACAAUGGAGAUGUUGUCAAAUUUACCUGUGCAAACAAUUAUGUAAGACUGGGACCUGCCUCUACUCAGUGCUAUUACUUUGGAUGGUUUCCAUCACCACCAUUGUGUAAAGCGCAUCCCAGGGUCUGUGGACCUCCACCUGAGAUUACCAAUGGAAGUAUUACUGAAGGCGUUGUGGAACGGUAUCAGCAUGGUGCCAGAAUGCAGUAUGAAUGCAACAUGGAAUUUAAAUUGGUUGGAUCAAAGGAAAUAGAAUGUGUUGAUGGACAGUGGUCAUCUCCUCCCUCUUGCGUUGAAGACAAAAUGCCCUGCAGAUCACCUUCCUCUCUUCCCAACGUUGUUCUUUAUCAGCAAGACCAGCCCCAGUUUUCCCAUGGGGAUGAAGUAAUUUGUGGCUGUGAACAACGCUACCGGAACUCUAGGGGAAAGAAAAUAAGAUGUCUUAAUGGGGAAUGGAAGCCUUUCCCCCUCUGUGCUGAUCCAUAUCCUCAGUGUGCCGUUCCCAGGCAUGUUCAGCUGGUGCAUGACCGUCGUGCUUCAAAGCCGAGAGCGGAGAGCGAGCUCCCUGCAGUUAUACGUUAUACAUGCACAGCAGCUGACAAGAGCACUAAACAGGCCACUUGUGUAUCUGGAAAGUGGUCACCAGAGAUUGAAUGUGCAGCUGAGAAGACUCUGUGCCCACCUCCACCCCAGGUGCCUGGUGCUCAAAAGAUAACAGUGGGAAGAAAUUACAAGAAUGGGAGUAAAAUCUCUUUUUCAUGUCUGGAGAAUUUCCAGCUCAUCGGUGCCAAGGAAAUAACGUGUGUAGAAGGGAAAUGGCAAUCACCACCUCACUGCGUGGCAAGAUCAUGUUUGCCACCACAACCUCCAGAAUGUGCUGAUGUUUCCAGCCUGGAAACUCAACACUUGAAAAUUAAAAAAAAUGGGAAAACAAUUUAUCUGGCUGGUGCUAGGUUAAAGUAUGUUCCUCAUUCUGGAUACACGUUCAAUGGACCAUCAGUGAUAACUUGUUCUAUGGGAAACUGGACUUCAGCUCCUACAUGCUUAGAAAUGCCAUGUGGAAGUAUUCCAAAGGUUGCCAAUGCUCAGACUGAGGGCAGACACAAAGAAACUUAUGAGGCUGGUGAAACAAUUCACUACCACUGUGAUACAGGGUUCCUGAUUGUUGGUUCUCCCGAAAUUAUUUGCAGAGAAGGAAAUUGGACAGCACCACCCUUCUGUGAAGAUGUUAGGUGUGGAGAUCCACCUGAAAUUCCCAAUGCUGACAUCAGAAGCACUCGACAGGAGAGGUAUCUACCAGGUGCCAGAGUGUACUAUGAAUGUGGAAGCCAUUUUCAAGUGAUGGGUAGAAAUUAUAUCACUUGUACAAAUGGUGAAUGGUCAAAACCACCAACUUGCAGAGAUAUAACAUGUGAACCUCCUCCAGAAAUUGCUGGUGGCAUAGUCCAAGGUGCUAAAAAGGCAAGGUAUUUGCCUGGGGAGAGUGCUCGCUAUCAGUGCUGGCAAGGUUUUGAGAUGAGCGGGGCUGCUGCCGUAGCCUGUCACAAUGGCACCUGGACAGAGCUGCCAAAGUGCAAAGGGAGAAAUAGGAAGUGUGGCCCACCACCAGUUAUUGAAAAUGGAGAUCUUCUUUCCUUUCCCAUGCAAGAAUAUCCACAAGGAGCAACUCUAACAUACAAAUGCCCAGAUUUCUACAUCCUGGAAGGAUCUCAGAAUAUCACCUGUAAUAAUGGCCAGUGGACAAGGCCUCCAGUUUGCCUAGUGGCCUGUACAGCAUCUGCAGAAGACAUGAAUGCAAACAAUAUUGAGCUGAGAUGGUCCAGCAGAAAGAAGCUGUACUCCACAUCGGGUGACACUGUUGAGUUUCAGUGUAAAAGAGGUUAUAUGAAGGACUCAGCAUCUUCCCAAUUCAGAGUACAGUGUGUGGAGGGCACAUUAGAAUACCCACGGUGCAAGCCAGCAAAGGACUGCAAGUUGGAUCAGAGCAUCAUGGACAGAAACCACAUCACACUGAAGUCCUCCCACUGGCAGAGCCCUUCCACCUACCGCACUGGGGACUACAUCUUGUUUGGCUGCUACUGGACCUACCGCCAGGUUUCACGCCCCGAGGAGUUCAGCGCAGAGUGCAAGGAUGGAGUCAUUGUAUAUCCUCUCUGUGGAUGAUGUUUGAAUAAAGGGAAAUGGCAGGAAGGAGCCCAGCUGUGGAAAUGGAAGCGACCCAGUGACCCGAGAGCAAUUUUUCCUGGUGUUUCUCAUUUUGCUGUGCUUGGUUUGCGGCUUAGCCAACAUUCUCUCUUUGGAUUUGUUACUGUUUUUCUUUUUUGUCACUGGAUGAUUGUGUUUACCUUUUAUCCAUGCUUUACUCAUGUUUGUAAAUGCAUUUACGUUUUACUCAGCCGCAGAGCUGUGCUUCUAUUUUAUCCCUUCUAUAUCGAUCUCACUGUUGCUUUCGUUAACCACUGUGUCCUGAAAGAGGCUGGCUUUGGUGGCAUAGUGAGACAAGAAUUAAA